AGCAACUCUGUGCAGAGUUCAGCGGGGUUCAGGCUGUUAAAGGCUUAAACAAAGGGUAGGUAGGAGGGAUGUGAUGCAUGGAUAAAACUAUGAUUGCCUAUAUCUGGAAUGAAAAUGAAGGGCUUCAGCGCUGCAGAAAGAUGUUGCCACCUGCACCUAAUCUGCCUGGAAGGAAAACAUACAUACAGCACGUCAUUCAGUGUGUAGUCUCUCAGUUAAGGUCAGAUAGGUGUGCUGUUCAGUCCUGCAGAAAUCUGGCUUCUCUCUCUCAGAAUGUCUUGGACUCGAGCGUUUGUCUUCUCUUUGCUCUCCAUCCUCCUCCUCAUAGCCUUCUCCAGUGUGGUGAAAAGCUCCGUAGUACGAGAUGACUCCAAACCCGCAGAUGCUCCAGGAGCCAGACGGCAGGUAUUCAUGGCUGAAUCGGAUGCGUCAAACUUUUUCAAACGCCGCAGUCGUCGUUCACCAAAGUACUACGCUGAGCUCCAAGCUGAGCAGCAAAUGAAGCGAGCUGCCAGCGAGCGACGCAGGGAGUAUAACGAGGAACAGAGGAACGAAUACGAGAACUACGUUGAGGAGGAUCGCGAUGAAAUAAAUGAGAGGACGAGGGCGAUGAACGAGCAGCUGCGAGAGUAUCACUAUGAUGGUCUCUAUCCUCGCUUCCACUGGUUCCACUGAACACAUGCUGAGGCACGAAGAUUCUCCCUAUAGGCUUCUGAAAGCCAAUUUAGCCCCGUUGACUUUAUUCUGCAUCAAAGGCAAAUGCCUGACACUAUGAGGCAAGCGCUAAACUUAUUCAUGUAUGUCUAUACAUGUGUAUUUUACUAACCGAUAUUUCCAUACAUUUGAUGUUGCGCAAUAUAUCUGAGUCAAGCGCAUUUUCUAUGGGAAGCUAAAUGGUUUGCAAUCUUUUUUAUAUGUUUUCAUGUGUACAUACUAUAGGAAAUACACAAUGCCACUUUUUAUUGCUUUAUGUAUGUGAGUUUAAAGAACAUCAUGUAUCCAAGUUGAAAAUGAAUAAAGACCAGUUUCCAUCAGUUUA